AUGAAUAUUGAUGAUCUUCCUCAGCAUCUGUUGGUUGAAAUCCUUUGUCGACUUCCUAGCAGUAAAAUCGUUUUUCAGUGCAAGUGUGUGUCCAGACGUUGGUUUGCUCUAAUCUCAGAUCCUUAUUUUGUCCUCCGCUUUGUAUCUCUGCAAAAAUGCACAACUGAUGAUGUAUUGGUUCAAAGAGACGCUGAUAUGGAUGCGAUAUUAUUCUAUUUCAAUAAUCUGAUACAUGGACGGUAUUUGAUUUGGGAUUAUUUUGUCAUGGCUGCACUUCCGGCCAAGUGCAAAUCACGCAAUUUAUCUCUCAGUUUCCUUCCUUGUUUUGAUCAGACCACACUACCAAAGCCACGCAUUUUAGGGACAUAUAAUGACUUAAUCUUGUGCUCAACCACUUGGGAAGAAGAUUACUACAUCUGCAAUCCAUACACCAGGCAAUGGAUUGCUCUUCCUCCCACUCCUCAAGUUCAUAGUGGACCAGUAAUAAGGGGAUUCAUGUGCGACCAUCCCUACUACAACCAUGAGGAACUCGUCGGUAAUCGAACAAGUUCUAAUAACAUCAAGCUUAAUGCUGAGUAUAGGUACAGGGUCGUGCGAAUUACUGCAGUUCAAGAGAAUUGCUUUCAAGAGAAUUACUUGGAGUUCACAGUGGAAAUCUACUCUUCUGAGACUGGUGAAUGGAGAGAGUCAGUUAUAUCGAGCUCCCGAGGAUUUAGUUUUAUUCCUUAUGCUUGUACUCCAGGCGUUGCUUACAAUGGAAUGUUGUACUGGUUGUCUUCUGACGGCCUUCUUAUUGGGGUGGAUCCGUUCAACAACAUAAACAGCAGUAUUUCAACCGGUGCUAAUACCACUGGUGACAUUGUCGUCAACAACGAAUCAUGUCGUUUCGUUCAAUUCCAUAAGCCCGAAUACAACAUUGAAUAUGUUCAGUGCCUAGGUGUGUGCCAGGGGCGUCUGCGGAUGUGCCAUUACGAUAUGGAGGAUCCCUUCAAAAGAGGCAUUGUGUGUGUUUGGGAGUUGAAAGAAGUUGAAGAAGAUGAUCAGAAGGCGGAUGGAAUUGCAGGCAGAUUGAUGAAAUGGUGUUUGAUAAAAAAGCUUGUCCUGGACGAAAUGGUUGCGGAAAAUCCAGACAUUGCUAAAUGGCGGGCAGAGGCAGGAUGGUGGUGGUUAGCUAGUGUGCGGGCUUUUGACCCAAACGACGAGGAUAUUUUGUAUUUAUAUUUGGAUGAAGAUAUUGUAGCAUGCAACUUUCGUACAAGAACUUCGUUCACGAGACAGAGAACAGAUAGUGAGUUCCAUCCUUGGGCAAAGGCAAAUGCCUUCCCGCUUUCUCUCAAACGUUGGCCUACACCACUUCCUAAUUGA